GAAGUCGGCUCAAACUUGGCACCUGUUGCGGUCAGAGCAACACUCGCCUACACUGUCGCACAAAGUUCGUAUAGAAUUGAAUCGAGCUGAAAAUGUUUUGUGGUCGCAAGUGCUGUCUGUUCUGCCUGUUCAUGAGCGCCUGGGGCUUCUUGAUGCUGAAUCUGCUGGGUGUCUUCUUCUACGUCCAGUCACUGAUGCUCCUGGAGUCCCUGCCCUUGCCCCACCACUUCCACAGUCAGGAGGCAUUCAAGGAGCAGGCGGACGAGGCCUACCAGGACGUGUCCACCCGUUGCUUUGUGGCCGCCGUCUUCUAUCUGGGAUUCGUCUUCAUUGCGAUAGUGGCCAUUCGUCGGGAUAACAAGAGGAGGAAGCGACUCUACAAGCGGGGUCCCGGUCACUUGCGGUUCCGUCGUUGAUUUGUAUGCUCCAUGAUUGGUUAUUGAAUAAACAAUUUAUUUUCAUGGUUCCAAUUGCAUUUCACCCACUCAGCGACGUCCACCCACUUGUUGGUUCAGAUCGAAAGAACCA